AUGGCGAGAGUUUACUUGGGGCGGCUUCCGUUCCGCGCCCGAGAAAGUGACAUUGAAAGGUUUUUCCAAGGAUAUGGCAAAAUUACCGACAUCGCCAUGAAGAGAGGCUUUGCAUUCAUUGAAUUCGAAAAUAAAAGGGAUGCAGAGGACGCCGUCGAUGAGCUGAAUGGACGCUCUAUUUUGGGAGAUAGGUGA